GUACUCCAUCUACAGGGCCCCGUGGCAUGUCCGAACCUUGUACACGCUAUCAGCCUGAUAGUGGAACGAGGCUACAUGAGGUGCUUGGGAAUUUUCUGAUCGGCAGCAAAGGUCCCGAAAGAGCGGAUAUAUAUCUUACUUCCGACCCCACCCCAUCAUUUACCUCCACGUCUCGAGCAUUCGCCAGACACUUUCAACGCGUUCCUAUCCCCUCGUGAUUUUGGCUGCACUGUAUCACGAUCACGAACAUGCUAGACACUCGCGAUGAAGCCGUGGUUGCGGUUCCCCCUCCACUGUCCCAGGCCGUUGGGUACAUCGUGGUCGUAGUCAUAGGGCUUGUGAUUGCUUUUACCAUGGUCUUUGUCACGCGUAUAUUGAAGCGUACUGUAGGCGAAGAUAAUGAGAAGACGGAAAUGUUCAUGACGGCCAAUCGUAGUGUGAAGACAGGCUUGACGGCUUCUGCUGUAGUCUCUUCAUGGCUUUGGAGUACCGCUAUGUUGGGGUCCUCACUCGUCGGAUACGUCAAUGGUGUUGCUGGUCCAUUCUGGUUCGCAGCCGGAUGCAGCCCCAUGAUCGUUUUCUUCGCAGUGCUAGGGAUAUCCUGCAAAAGAAAGAUUCCAGAAGCUCAUACCCUUUUGGAAAUUGUGCGGAUACGUUAUGGAAAAACCGCUCAUGUCGUCUUCAUGUUUCUAUGCUUAGUAAAUAACCUAUUCGCCUGCGCUAAUAUGCUGCUCGGAGCUUCUGCUGCUAUCACAGCCAUGACUGGUAUGCAUAUCAUUGCGGCAACGUUCCUCCUUCCAGUCGGAGUCGCGCUAUACACCUUCGUCGGCGGAAUCAAAGCCACUUUCCUGACAGAUUACAUACACACCUUUACUAUUCUCAUCAUUCUAUGCUAUUUCUCAAUCAAAGCCUUCACAUUGGAGGAGGUCGGAUCCCUUGACAAUCUGUACAACCUUGUCAAGGCUGCCGGAGAACGCCAUCCAGUCAGUGGCAACGAGCAUGGCUCGUACCUGACCAUGACCUCGAAGGGAGGAAUCCUUUUCGGCAUCCUCCACAUCUGUGCCAAUUUCGGUUUGGUUAUCAUGGACACGAGCUUCUUCAUUAAAGCGUUCUCUGCGUCACCCAAGGCUGUGGUUCCUGGCUAUGUCAUUGGAGGUAUUGCUUACUUCGCGAUUCCAUGGGGUAUUGGUACUUUGGCGAGCUCUGUUGUGUUAGGGCUGGAGAAUAACCCAAUAUUUCCAACAUACCCACGAGCCAUCAGCAGCACCGAAAUCAGUAACGGUCUUGUGCUGCCAUACUUCGCGAUCACAAUCGCAGGCAAAGGGGGAGCUGCCGCAAUUCUCAUCGUCACAUUCAUGGCCGUUACCUCGACACUAUCUGCCCAAGUCAUCGCCGUAAGCUCGAUCAUUAGCUUCGAUAUAUACAGGACGUAUAUCAACCCCAAGGCCAGCGACAAGGAUGUUAUUCGCUGGUCCCACUUUGGCGUCGUGUUCUUCGCCCUUUUUGCGUCAGGCUUCUCUACGAUGCUGCACUAUGUCGGCGUCGAUCUAGGCUGGACACUAUACAUGCUUGGAGUUAUCACCUGCCCAGGCAUCUUCCCAACCACCUUCACCAUUCUCUGGCGGCGACAAAGCCGCUGGGCCGCCAUCCUUUCUCCACUUCUGGGCAUGGCCACCGGCUUCGCCGUCUGGCUCGGCUCUGCAUACGCCCUUUACGGUAGCGUCACGAUCGCGACCACUGGCCAAGUUCUCCCCUGCGUGUACGGCACUGUCGCUUCGGCCGCCUCGCCAAUCCCGUACUCUCUCUUCAUCACGCUUCUGAAACCAGAGUACUUCGACUGGGCCGAUUUCCGCAAAGAGCGCCUCGCAUUCGUCAUCGAUCACACAUCCUCUACUUCAGCCGCCGACGCCGCUCUUGAAGAGGAGCUGGAGGCUCAGCACGUGAGCUCGCAGCCGCAUCUCAAGCGCUGGGGUCGCAUUGCGGCGAUUUGGGCGGUGGCGACGUUCUUGGGGCAUUGGGUUCUUUGGCCGCUGCCGAUGUAUGCGUCCAAGUAUAUUUUUGGGCAGAAGUUUUAUGCCGCUUGGGUCGUGAUCUCUCUCAUCUGGCUCUGGGGCACCUUGUUUAUUGCAGGAUUCUAUCCUAUUAUCGAUGGGCGGCAACAAUUGGCCGAUGUGUUCCGUGCAGUCUUGAGCGGCAGGGGAAAGAGGCAAAACUCGGGCAGUUCGAGCGAUGUGGAUAGUGGUGUGGAGGUUGUAGGAGACGACAAAAGGGCGCAGAAGUCCUAGAUGAGAAAGGCUAUUCGGUAUAUCGCAACAUAGUUACUAGAGGGAAUCUGGUAUAGACCGAUCUAUAGAUCUUAUUUUGGUGGCCGCUAGACUACGUUCACUACAGG